CAACAAUUGAAACGUCUCGUUGAUACCACAAUCAGGUGACAGUACCGCGCCCAGCUUUCCAAAUCUCAAGUUUCAGUAAUAUGAUCACGGCUCAAAGGAAAAGAUUACGUAAAAUCUCUGAGAAACCUGAUCUCUUUGAUCAGUUACCGGACGAUCUUGUUCUUUAUAUUCUUUUCAAGCUUAGCUCUUCUGCCUCCUGCCCUUCAGAUUUUAUAAACAUUCUUAUCACAUGUAAAAGAUUAAAGCAGUUUGCUCUCGAUCCUUUGGUUUUGUCGAGAGUUGGAGUUAAAACGUUCGCCGUGAAAGCAGAACGUUGGUCGGAUUCGGCUCACCAGUUUUUAAAACAGUGUGUUAACGCAGGCAACAGAGAAGCCUUGUACACUCUAGGAAUGAUCCGAUUUUAUUGCUUACAAAACCGAGGAAGUGGAGCGUCUUUAAUGGCAAAAGCUGCUAUCAAAUCUCACGCCUCGGCCCUUUAUUCUCUCGCGGUUAUUCAAUUUAACGGUAGUGGAGGCUCCAAGAAUGAUAAAAAUCUCCGAGCCGGCGUGGCUUUAUGUGCUCGAGCCGCUGUUCUGGGUCAUAUUGAUGCCCUUCGGGAGCUCGGCCAUUGCCUUCAAGAUGGUUACGGCGUCUCUCAAGAUAUUGUUCAGGGGCGUCGGUUUUUAGUCCAGGCUAAUGCAAAGGAGCUUGCAUUAUCCUUACGUUCCAUGUUGACAUGGAAACCCCAACAACAACAUGUAGACGAACAACAAAAUCUCCACUACGCUUGUUCGGUAAUGGGUACUACUAUCACUGGAUGUCCAUUGCUAAGUGAUUUUGGAUGUAACGUGCCCGCUCGAGAGGUGCAUCCGGUGAACGAGUUUUUGAAAGAGUGGUUCGAGUCGAGACCUGGGAUGCUGGAUCACGGUUUGAGGCUGUGUUCUCAUAGUGGGUGUGGGAGACCCGAGACAAGGCCACGUGAGUUUCGCCGGUGUUCGGUUUGUGGCACUGUAAAUUAUUGUUCAAGAGGAUGUCAAGCACUUGAUUGGAAGCUGAGGCAUAAAGUGGAAUGUGUACCGAUGGAGCAAUGGCAAGGAGCUUUGGAAGAUGGUGGAGAUAAUGGAAUUGGAGGAAUGGUGGAGAUCGAGGAAGGUGAAGAUGUGGCUCUUGUUGAAUGAUAAAAGAUUUUAUGCAUAUUAUGAAAAGGAAAUGUUGCCCUUUGGAAUCGGGAAUUCUUGAUUGUAA